AUGGACAACAGUUAUCGGUUGACACCUCACAAGAUCACAUUAUGUUCAGUCAUCGAUCAUUAUGUCAAUGGUCAACUCAACCCAAUUCAAAAGAAGUCUCUAUCAUUGUUACUUGUGAAACAUAUCAAGAACCCAAGCAACUUUAAAGAACCUCUGCUCGGAACAUUCAUUGAUACAGAGCUUAGACAGGUGGCCAAACUAUCAAAGUCAUACUUGGACGAUGAUCUGAUACAAUGUAUUACAUUUGAGACUAUUGAUGACUUGAACGAGUUCUUUAGUAGCCUUGCUUUAUUGUUUGAAGAGUCGAGACAGGAUGAAGAGGAUGAGGAUGACUCGAUGCAGACUGGUGGUGCACAUAUCAAUGUCAAGAGUAUACUUGGUAUCUAUGUCAAGAAGGUACUAAUGGUAUUCAACAAUCUAAUGUUUGAUGGUUUAAUACAUCUGUACGAACAGAUUAAUGAAUACAUGAAGCAAUACCAUGAUACCUUGUCAUCAUCAACAUCAACAUCGACGGCAACAUCAGGAUUAGGAUCAAACAUUACAUUCCUUUCACCAUUCGAUCAAGAGAGAUUUGCGAUCCAAGAGAUGGUCAGAGUCAACAACUCCAUUGGCAAGGUUAACCCGAUGAGUCUCCAGAAGGAGAUUGAUCAACUAAAGUCAAUCCUACCAGAUGUGAACAAGACAAGAUAUAUCAACCUCCUGACCAAUAUCGAACACAUGGAAUAUGAGCAGUCUAUUGAGGAACUACAUAGAUACUUUGAUUAUUGCAAUAGUGACACGAGUCAAUCAAAUAUUACAUUCCUGCCAUACGCUGUGCUCAACUUGUCAAAGGUGCACUUCCACUUUGGCCAUUACGAACAAGCUUAUCUCUCAUUGCAGGAAGCGAUACGCAUUGCACAGGAACGCAAUGAUCACGCCUCGCUGGCAUUGGCACUGCACCAACUGAGCAAGUUCCAACACAAGUCUGUUCUUCAAUCAUUUGACGAUCAUCACCUGUUCACUCCGCUCCGAUCACAUACACAACAGGACAUCCUGGACAAAGGCAUCAAGCGAGCUGAGGAGUUGGAGCUGUCUUCGCUGUCCUCACUCAACUACCUGUCAAGGGCCAAGCUUAAUCUGACCAGCAUGAGCACGGCUGCAGCUGACCCUUCGACUUCUGGUCAACCUGAGGCGAUAACAAGGACGUCAUCCUCCACGACAGCCAUCCCUCCCUCCAAGCUCUGGCACGACAUAUUCCAACCAAUUGAGAAAAGUCAACUGCUCAACAAGGACAGCAUUGCGGGCGUCCAGCUAAAGGCGGCCGCCUGGGACAUGCUCGGCAACGGCGACCUCUCAACAUACUUCUCCGAGCUAUCAUUGCACCUGAAUGGUGCGGCGUCAACAUCAAACACAACAACAUCACGCAUCUCACUGGACUCCUCAUCAAGCAAGGACUCAAUUCAAUCAUAUUGUCAAAUGGCCGUGUUGGAAUCCAAACGAGGCAAUUACAACAAGUCCAAAGCAAUCUUCCAACACUGCAUCCAACAAUUCCCCUACUACAAUCACAUCAAAACAUCUCUUCCAUUCACAAUCAAGUCGGUCAUGUUUGAUCACUCACUGGCCAUCAAUGAUCUUGAGCAAUGUGAGCUGCUCAUCGAGUCGCUGCUUGCCCUGCUCAAUCCACUCUCGCCGGACGACUCUGAGUGCUCAGGCUGGCCACAGAUUCUGACCACCUACGAGCGCAUUGGCCAGCUAUACCUUGCCAAACAAGAGUUUGACAUAUGCCACCAGUUCCUCAAUGGCGCGAUCGAGCUGGCCAAGGCAUAUGGUUGCACGGCAAAUCUCACGCAGUUCCACAUCCUGCUGGCCACGCUCUAUCAGCGAUGCAAGGGCGGCGACUUGGCCCACCAAGCUGGCCUGAACCACAUGCUCUGUGCGCUGUCCCUGGCCGAGCAACACAACCUUCCCCGACACCUGGCCGAGGCCAAUCUCCUCCUGGCCAACUCACAUCUCCACACCAAGUCCUUCGAGAAGGCACGCAGUCUACUCGAUAGCACCAAGCCUCUGGUGCUCCAGGACUGUAUCCUGCACGCACAACUCAAUCUCCUUUAUGCAAAGUGUAUAGUUGGUGUCGCCACACCAUCACUCUCGAAACAGGAGCGAACUAGCAAACUUCAAGAGGCACUGUAUUAUAUGACAAAGGCAAUGGAUGGAGCGAAACAGAUUGGACAUGUACAACUGCUCAAAGACAUCUAUCUGGAUAUGAGUGUUACCAACAAUGAUAUUGGAAACAUUGAUCAAAGGAAUCAUUAUGCCAAACUGUUUAGACAGUUGGUCACAGGUGGAAGUGCAGGCGUGGUCAACAAGGCGUGA